AUGACUACCAAGCACGAUUCCGAGGCCACUGUGGCCGUCAACAUCGAGGAGCUGCGCAACUCUAAGGAUGCUGUCAUCAUGCGCCUCAUGGCUCUGCAAUCCUACAUUGCCGAUCUGAGCAAGGCCUACGUGGAGCACGUUAAUAAUGUUAUCAACGGCGGCCCUGCCACCAUCGACAUUCCUGCCAUGCCCACUGGUCUGACUUACCACGUGGAAUCCACCCGCGCUGCUAGCCCCAGCGUCAAGGCUGAGGCUGGCGGUGUGAAGAAGCGCAAGCGUGCGCCCGUGGAUCCUAAUGCUCCCAAGCGUGCUCUAACUCCGUACUUCCUGUACAUGCAGCAGAACCGCACCAAGAUCGCUGAGGAUCUGGGCGGCAGCGCCAAGCCCAAGGAUGUUGCGGACGAGGGAACUCGCCGCUGGCAGACUAUGGACCCCAAGGAGAAGGAUAUCUACAAGGCUAAGUACCUUGAGAACUACGAGGCCUACAAGCUCGACAUGGCCGCUUACAAGGCCGGUCGCAAGGCGGGUGAUGACGAUGCCGCCAACGACCAGCUCCAGCAGAGCAUUGCUGUUAUUGAGAACGCAGAGUCCGAGUCUUCUGACUCUGAGACCUCCGAGUCUGAGGAGGAAGAAGUUGAGGAAGAGUCCCCCUCCCCUCCUCAGCCCGUGAAGCAGAAGACUCCUCCCAAGAGUGCCGGCGCCAAGCGUCGCCGUAGCGAUGUCAAGGCUGUCAAGGAGGUUGCCGAGUCUCCCGUGAAGGCCUCGCCCGUCAAGAAGACCCGCAAGGCUGCUGCCGAGCCUGCCUCCGUCAAGUCUACCCCUGCGGAGAGCAAGCGCCGUACUAAGAAGCGCAAGAGCGAGGUUUAA